AUGGCUUCGACGGAUAUUACAGACAGCAGAAAGAGCAAGGACGAGGAGAAUAGCACAAUAGUCGAGGAUCUCAUUGAGGAGGACGAGGAUGAUGGGGUGGAAUUGGACCCGGCCCAGCAAGAACAGCUAGAACGCCAGCGAAUCCUCGAUGAUUUUCUCUCGCCCCUCGCCCUAGACGAAGCUACCCUCUACCAACUCGCGCGUCGCUUCUCCAACGUGUACAGCAACCUCGCCUUGCAUUCCGAAGAGCAGUUUCUCCCUACCCCAGUCACCAAACUGCCCACCGGCUUGGAAACAGGCCGGUACCUCGCCAUCGAUGUUGGAGGAAGCAACUUGCGCGUCGCCUUCAUCGAAUUGCUCGGUGACGCGGAUGAGUCGGAUACCCCUCCAGCGGAUGCCUCGGAACGAUCACGCGACACUAUGCGAAAGGCACAGAGACAGCGUGUUCAACGGACAUUAGAGAAAGCAUGGCCGAUCCAGGAGCAUCUGAAGAUGGAUCAGGCGGAGGAUCUCUUUGCUUGGAUUGGAGACUGUAUCGCCGAGGUGGUGGCGGAGAGCCUGACGUCGGAUGAAACGAAAGGCAGUGUCCCCGAAGAACUUGAGAUGGGAAUCACCUUUAGUUUCCCAAUCAUGCAAGAGUCCCUUGGGGAAGCGACCUUGAUGCCCAUGGGUAAAGGCUUUGCGAUCACAUCGGAUCUGAAUCUCCGCAAGAUCCUGUUGAAUGGCUAUGAGAAGCACACGCGACGGCCGGACGAAGAGGAGCCAUCGAGCAAGCGUCGGAAACUGUUUGCGUUACCGAAGCUCAAGAUCUCUGCGAUCACCAACGACACCGUCGCGACGCUGGUCUCCCUAGCAUACGCUGUCAAAUCCUUACCAAACAGUCGCGUAGCCAUGGGUAUCAUUGUCGGUACCGGAUGCAACGCCACAAUCCCGAUGAAGCUCAGUUCACUGCACCCGUCCAAAGCAGAUCAUGUGAAGGCGAGAGACGCCAGCGCCGAGGAGACCAUUGUCAACACCGAAUGGACCAUCGCAGGUGCCGCGCCCCCUCUCAAGGAACUCAACAUCAUCACCAAAUGGGAUGCCGAGCUGGAUAGAGCCUGCGCACGCCCAGGCUUCCAGCCGUUCGAGUACCUGACAGGUGGUCGAUACAUCGGCGAGCUCAUUCGACUCAUUCUUCUCGACUAUCUGACGAGUGUCGCCGGUGUGCCCAAAGAAGAAUUGCCUGCGACACUUUUGGAGGAGUACGCACUCACGACUACGUACGUCUCGGACAACAUCGGCCGUGCGCGAUCCGACCAGGAAGCCGCGGCUGAAUUGAAUUGUUCCUUGAGUGCGCCCAGAGGUAGCAAAUGGUCUUGGGACGCUGCGUCCGCCAGAGUGUUUCGAACGAUUGCGCGGACCGUGCAGCGACGGUCAGCUGGGCUUAUCGCUGCCGCCGUCGUUGGACUACUUGCGUGCGCCAAAGAGAUCGAGCUCAAGGUGGACAGCAAUCAGAACUCCCCCGAUCAAUCAAACGCCGCGUCUCCCCAGCUGAACGGUGCCACGAACCUAGCAACAGCUGCGAAUCAUUUGACGCCCGACGACGGAGGCGCCCGGAGGGGGCCUCAUGGCCCUAUUGUCCCCGUCCUCUCGCCUACACCGACGCCGGCGGACUGGCAAUCGGGACCCGAGGAGCUUGUGGUUGCCUACACCGGUGGAAUCAUCCAGCACUACCCGAAUUUCAAGGACAUGUGCCAGCAGUUUAUCGACCGGCUUAUCAUGAGGACGGGGCCGCAGAAAAGCGGGAAAUCCGUCUUCCUGCGCGAGGCGUCUGACGGCGGAGUCAUCGGUGCUGGGGUUCUGGCGGGAAUGGUGGGAAACUCCUAG